AUGCCUCUCGUCGUCCCUGGUAUUAACAAUAACUCUUCCGAUGACAAGACGGAGGAGUGGACCAACAAGCUCGUCGGAAAGAAGCUCCACGAAGAGGAGUCCAACGAGACUACCUUCUGCAAGAGGGACCUCCCCCAGCAAACUCGCAUCAUUGAGCCCGGCAUGAUGGUCACAAAGGAUUUCAAGCCUGACAGACUCAACGUCCACGUCAAGGAGGACGGCACCGUCUCCCACGUAGCCCACGGCUAA